AAAAUUUGAGAGAGUUGAGAGACAGAGGAAGAAGAAGCUUAAGAUCGAUUUUCAUGGUGGGCGGGAGUUGUGUAAUCAGAUCUCGGUGGACCUUAGUCCAACGCUAGGAGGUGAAUGACACCUCGUUUAAUCGAGAAUUUUAAUUCAUGGGCCUAAAUUAUCAAUAAAUCUUGCCAUCAGCGUAAAUCUAUCAGGCGAUAAAUACCACAACAUCUCCAGAUUUCUAUCGGAUAUCCGGCUAUCUUAACGGGAGCAGCAAAAUGAUAGGUCAGUUGUUGCCGCCGAUGAUUUAGCAUCGGUUUUUCAGCUCAAAUUUGGGGAUGAAAACUCGUUCCUUGGAAUGUGUUUCUUUGAUAUUUCUCAUAAGCAUCAAAUCCUUCGUGCUGGCUUCGAUUUAUGGACAAACAUGUUCUGUCGAUGAAUACAUCGCAGAAAGCUAUUUCAAGAAAUACCAUAGCUUUAUAGAACGAGAAUUUGACAAUUUCAUAGCAAAUAAAAUCCCACUAGGCUCGUGCAAAUUACUCGGAGAUGAAAACCUACUUAUGGCGAAGAGUCUAAGUCGAAAUGUGAUUGGCGAAGGGUCUCAUCGUUGGCUUUCUUCUUCUAUGAGGCUUAAGUUUACACGUGAAUUGAAACACGAGCUCACUGCACAUUCAUGUGAAGUCGUUGUCAUUGAAAGGCUGCCCUCUGGGGUCUUCACUGAUCCUUUCGAGCUGCAGCACUUUGUGCAACGCGGCGUGUUCACAGAUGCAGCCGUCUUUGGUGACACGAAUUUAGAGUUACCUUCUUUCCGCUCAAACCAAACCGUUGUUGAGAUACAUAUGAGCAUUAAUUCUAUAGUGCCUUUGAGGGAUGAGGAUGAGGAUGAGUCAGAAGUGAUCAUUAAGGUUCCAUUACACGCACGAUAUCAGCCUCUAGGACAUGGUUUCUCAAGGGUUGAGUUUGGGGCACCCAAUAUAUUCACGUGCUGCAGCAGCACUGAACAAGACGUGACUAAAACACUCUGUCAACCCAUCCCCACGAGCCUCAUCCCUGACGAGAAAGCCAGUCCACCUAUGUGGGAAAUACCAUGUGGUAACAAGGAACAUGCUGCAGUUGUGUCUGCUGUUACUUUCGGGUUUGCUAUCUCGACUGCAUUGCUUAUUGUAUUGACAUCUGUUUCUUACGCGAGGCAGUGAAAAGCGUCUAACCGACAACAAAGUUGGUAGUUAACCAGACAAUGUUUCCUAAUACUUUCUUAGUAGCUUAGACUUGAACAAGAUUCAUGGCAUAUCCUAACUGAAUAGUUUCGACUGCAUAUCAGCAUUUGGAUUCUGUUGCUUGCCUGAAAAUGAAGGCGAAGGUGAAAGCAACGAUGUUGUAAGAAGUGUGAGUUGCUUCUCCUGUUCUUGCAUUUGUGAGGAGAAAUAUUGAAUAUGUGAUUUUGCUAUUUAACUCAUUAGUUUGUGUGAUUAA